AUGUGGCUUAUAGAUUCAAAAGGCCCAUGGGAAACACCUGAAUCAUUUUUAUGUUUUAAACAAAAUGAUAUUAAAAAUAGUCCUGUCAAAGUAUCGAACGAAGAUGAAAUAAAAAUUCGUGUAUCAAAAUCAAAACCGAUUAUAAAUAGUAGUUUGCGUGCUGGUCAAAAAGAACUAUGCAUGAAAUUGAAUCCGAUUAAAGUACCUUUGUCAAUUGUUCCUUCUACUGAUAUUAAUAAAAAACUUUUAUUAGAUUCAUCAAGUGAUUGAAUAAUGGCUUCAUCAAUUCCUUGUUCAGUAUGCGGAAAACGUGCAGGCACUUGCAUUUGUCCUGGAUGCAAAGCAUACUUUUGUGAUGGUAAUUUUCAAAGUCAUCGUGAAAUAUUACUCAAUGAAUUAGAUGGUUUUACAGGAUAUUGGAAUGAUUUUCGAGAAAAAAUGAUCGAGGGUCGAUUCAAACAAAUGGUCUGGCAUUAA